GCAUCAGUACCGGCAGGCGCCCGGCGGAGCCGCGACAGCGGAAGGUGCUCGGCAAACUGCGAGAGCCAUCAGAGGGAGCGGAGUGGCCCGGGCCCCUGCCCGCGGGGCACCGCGCUUCCCGGCGCCGCUGCUUUAAAUAUAUAUAGACAAGAUAUAAUUUUUUAUUUUUUUUUUUUUUACGUUUUUACCGCUCCUCUCAGAGGACAGGAUUUGGAGCAUUAAGGGCGGGCGUGCUGCCAGACCUCCUGCCCUGGACGUACGAGGUGGAGAGAGAGGAAGGGAGAGAUGCCUCUGAUUAGAGGGAAAAUCGUGCUCAUCCUCGGAUUCGUCUUCCUGACAACUUUCCUGGCUGCGGUGAGAGGGCUGCCCGUGAGGGGGAAACAGCGCAGCAAUACCCCGAAGGAGAGGAGCUCCAAGCUGGCGGAGGUCUCAGCAUCAUCCAACCCCCGUUCAGCAGGGGACGAGGAGCUGCCACCAUCGGGCAAGGCGCGGGGGCUGAGGCGGAGCGGGCAGGCUGGCCCGCGGCGGCACAGGCGCAGAGGCGUGGCUCAGCAGGCUGCCAGGAGCCCAGCACUGCCCCAGCCCAGUGGUGCUGGCCAGGAGGAGAGCCUGCCCUUCAUGCUGGACCUGCAGAACUUGCCAGGGCUGGCCAAUGUGGACUUGAGUGCACAGAACCCCAACAUCCAGGUGACCAUUGAAGUGGUGGAUGAUCCUCAAGCUGAGAUGGAAAUGGACUUGCUGAAGGAGACCAGCAAUGACUGGUCUCUGACAUCCUCUGAGUGGCUGUCUCAUAAGGACCUGUUCUGGCCCCUCUUCUGGGAAUACACUGACCCUGCUGAGGGGGAGGAGGAGGAGGAAGAUGAAGAGGAGGAGGAAGAGGAGGAAGAGGAUGACAACCUGGAUGUCAGGGACAGGGAGGAAGAAGAUGAUGAUGAAGAGGAAGAUUACACAGCAGAAUAUGAGGAGGAGGAGUCCAUGCUUAGUGGAGUAGGCAGUAACUGGGACCAGCGAUGGCCUGGGCAGAAGAACUGGAUCUUUAAGGAAAAAUAUAAUUAUGACUAUGAAGAUGAGGAGGAAUGGAGCCCAUGGUCCCCUUGCAGCAUCACCUGUGGCAGUGGUAACCAGAAGAGGACCCGGUCCUGUGGCUAUGCCUGCACAGCAACAGAGUCGAGGACCUGUGAUCUGACACACUGCCCUGGAGCAGAAGGAGAAAUGGUCUUCCCCACAGAGGAGACACCUUUCAAAAGUGACAACACUACAGAGCUGUUCAACUCAGAGGUGGACAGCUGUGAGAAGUGGCUGAACUGCAAGAGCGACUUCCUCACCAAGUACCUGAGCAAGGUACUGACGGACCUGCCCAGCUGCCCCUGCUCCUACCCGCUGGAGGCCGUCUACAGUGCCGUCAACCUGCGGGACGAGCAGCGGGGCAAGAGCUUCCGAUGGCGGGAUGCCAGCGGCCCCAAGGAGCGCCUGGACAUCUACAAGCCGACGGCACGCUUCUGCCUGCGCUCCAUGCUCUCCCUGGACAGCACCACCCUGGCUGCCCAGCACUGCUGCUACGAUGAGCACACCCGCCUCAUCACCCGUGGCAAGGGGGCCGGUGUCCCCAACCUCAUCAGCACCGAGUUCUCUCCAGAGCUGCACUACAAGGUGGACAUGCUGCCCUGGAUCCUUUGCAAGGGUGACUGGAGCCGGUAUCACGCCGUCCGGCCCCCCAACAAUGGGCAACGGUGUGCUGACAACCCCGCCGAGGAGGAGUACCUGUCCCAGCUGCAGGAGGCCAAGGAGUACUAGCCACAGCUGCUCUCAAAGAAGCCACCACCACCAUUGGCUCGCACCCCUGCACAGCCUGGCCAGCCCUGACCCUGCUCAUGGGCUCCUCAGUGGUGCCAGGCAAAAUGGGGAAGAUGUGCCAUCUGUCUCAUCCCCUCAGAGGGGCAUCUCAGUCCCACUCUGAUUUCUGAGGGUGCUGGAGGUUAUUGUGGUGCAGUCCCUGCCGUGCCACCCAGGGCAGUCCUGCAGUCUAGGGCUCCUGGCCUGGCAUGUGGAGAGCAGCAGGGUCUGGGAGGUAUAAAGGGAACAAAGGACUGCUCCCGGCUGCUUUUGUUCUCUAUGACCUUUCAGUGCAGCCUGAGAGCUGAGCACAAGGUGAAGUGGGCUCAGCUCCUGCUGGCUUCACACCACAUCUGCAGAGCUGCCGCAGGCAUGGCUGCCUGCUCUUGUCUGUACACCUGCCCUGGCACACGCUGGUUUAUGUCUGAAACCGGGGGUAGGUCUUCCUAGAGAGUGCAGGGCUGUUCCAGCCACACAUAGGCCCAGAGCAGGGCCUUCCCCAUCCUUGGGUUUGUGCAUGCACGGUUGGGAAGGAGCAGGGAAAGGCUUAUCAGGGUCUGUGGGUCUGGGGGGGGCUGUGGGGCAGGAGGGGACUGGCUGCCUGGGCUUCCUUGGCAAGAUUGUCUAGCCAUGAGGGUUCUGGCUGCCAAAACUACACGUAGGUGGACCUCAGAGGAGGUCAGCAUGGGAACACACCACUUGUGUGCAUUUCAGCCCCUCUGCCUUGGUGCUUGAGGGAGCAGGGUGGUAGCAUCUGUGCAAGUCACAGCACUAGCCUUCUACCAGACCUUAGCCUCUUGGCAGUCCCCAGAGGGUCUCAGGAGCACUUGUGACACAGCCCAAAAGAAAGUCCUGUGUUUCCCACUCACAGCCCUGCCAGGGGCAGGAGGCACCUUGGCCACUGCUCCUGCCGUUGCUGGUGAGGAGCAAAAAGUACUGAGCCAAGCUAGGCCCUGCUCCAUGCUGAGUCUGCCCAUGUUCCCAGCUGCUCCAUUCUGUGUCUGCCCAGGUCCCUAUGUGGAGGCAGCCCAGAUGAAGUGGGCCAUGGACCCCUUAGCCUUGCUUCCAGGCCAGGCUCAUCCAACUGUGGCUCCAGAGGAGGGAGGCACAUGUGUGCUAAGAAUGUCAAUGCCUGGUGUCCACAGAUCAGGGAUUGUGAUGCUUUCUGUUGGCACUUUGAUCCUGCCUGGGUUUUAUUCAGCUUUUCACAGGUCCAUGGCAGUGUCUCCCAGCAUAUUUUGGAAGCUUUUCUGCAGAAAAACUAGGCUGAGCACCUUUGUCCCUGGACAUUCAGUUGCUGAACUGGCAGAAAAUUUAUAGCUUUUAUUUAACAAAUUUUAUGCAUCAGGGGAAAUAAAAGUCAAGCACACAUGAAGAAGAAUGGAGUCAUUUCUACACUUGAGGUUUCAUGCAAGGCUGCUAGCUACUCUGUGUACUCCUGCAGGGCACUGUUGAACCAAAUAACUGGUUGCAGAGGUCGUUAGUUGACCAUCCUGUGCUCUCUGUCCUUCUUACAGGAGCUUUCUCCAGCCUUAGUGAAUAUCCUCAGUCUGAAAGCUCUUGGGGAGUCUUUCUAGGGGUGUUUUUGUAUCUGUUGAGUGUAUGUUGAUCCAUUUGCCUUGGUUACUGAUAAAAUAUUGCAUCCUUGGUCAUCCAUGCCUAAGACUUCAUAGGUGGUAAAACAAAAGUAUUAAUGAAGUUAUCACUGAAUUAUUCUUACUCAAGUAUUAUGAUGCCCCUGUAUCCCCAGGCUCUGGAUAUGGGUUCUGUCAAAAUACAGGCAGACAUCAUCCAUUUCCCAACAGACAUGCAGUCUGAGAUGACCAGUGUUCUGUAAAUGGUGAGAAGGAAGAGAACCAAAUAAACAUGGAUGGAGACCCAGACCUUGGAACAUUUUCAUGAUCGCUACUUGUUCUCUAGCCCAGACGGUCAUUCACUCACUAGAUUCUGGCAAAGAGGUAGGUCAUACAGAGGUGGUCAAGAGGGGGUGACAGUGAUCUGGUGGCUUGGUUCUGGGAGCCAGGGAGCCUCAGUAAGAGACAUGGAAACAAACUGAGCGUCUGAAGCCAUGGAAGAAUAAGUUUGUUAACUGCAAUCAUUCAGCAGAGCAUAUGGCCACUGCCAUACCAUACACCAUCAUUAACAUCAUCAGACUCUCAGUGGAGUUUAUUUACCAUCAAUGCAGACUUCUUUAAAGCAACCUCCUGUUGAAUGUGUCUAGUGUUCAGUCUUGGACCCAUGCAUGGCAGCAGGACUUCUACAGUCUUUCUUGA